AACGGAGUGGGCUGUGAUCUCAACACAGGCAAAGUAAUUAUGAUCGAUCUGCGCUCCUUCGAUCCAUUGAACACCACCAUCUACAUGGCCGGCACGCUCUCCAAAUCCAUCGGCGAUCUCACGGAGCUUCUCUACAUCCGUCUUCCGGCGUGGAAAAAAAUCACCGGAAAAAUCCCCAAUGCAAUCGCCCGCCUGCAACAUCUCGACACGCUCGAUCUAUCGCAGAACGAUUUUAUCGGCAAAAUGCCAUCUUGGAUAACCAGGCUGAGCAAGCUGAGGAUACUCAGGAUGGGCGGCAACAGGCUACGCGGGAUCAUUCCGCCGGCCAUUACAACGCUGACCAAUCUGGACACGCUGGAACUCGAAGAAAACCGGAUAACCGGCACAAUCCCCCAGGCAAUGGGGAACCUGAGCCGGUUGGUGAUGCUCAGACUGAAUAACAACCUCUUAUACGGUUCUCUACCCGAGUCCAUCGGCUCCAUCCAAACUCUCUUUCUGCUGGACGCUUCGCAUAAUGCCCUGGUGGGAAAAAUUCCUUCAUCUUAUGGAAACCUUCCGGAGCUUGCUUUUCUGUCUUUGAACAACAACAAGCUGGCCUGCACAAUUCCUUCCUCGCUCGGUCGUUUGAGCAGACUGGCGGCGCUGCAUUUGGAGGAUAACCAGCUGAAGGGCUACAUUCCAGCGUCCCUGGGCAACAUUUCAGGAUUGGGUGAUCUGGAUCUUUCUAGAAAUUUCCUCGAAGGCCCUAUCCCGACCUCUUUUACUCUGCUCACCCAACUGGGUACUUUGAAGGUCUCCGGAAACAGGCUCACGAACCCGCUUCCGUCUCUGCGUUUGCUUCCUAGCUUCUUGGACUUGUCUUACAAUGAAUUCAAGCUGGGUAAUUAUAUUCCCACCUGGAUCAUGAAUGCGAGCUUCGGUUUCGAGAUCAGUUUGGCCGGGUGUGGGAUUGACACGGGGCUCGAGGACUGGAAGCCCAGGGCCGCCCAGUUUUUCACUUCGGUCGAUCUCUCUGCCAACAAUAUCAGCGGCAGUGCAGUGGAGUUUUUCGCGACCAUGACGUUCUUGAGCCACGCCAAUUUGUCAAACAAUCAACUCAAAUAUGACUUCUCCAUCGGAGUCAAUUUCUCCCGCCUGUUGCAGACUCUGGAUCUCCAUUCAAAUCAGCUGUAUGGAAGCAUUCCAUCUUCUAUUGGCACGUUGACUGAUUUGAAGACUUUGGAUCUGUCAAAGAAUGGACUGACUGGAAAAAUUCCCACGGAGAUGUUAAAUCUAACGAAUCUGAGCCAGCUGAACGUGAGCUAUAAUCACCUGUGCGGAGAGAUUCCACAAGGGAAGCCGCUGAACGGGUUUCCUGUAUCUUCAUAUUCCCAUAACAAGUGUCUUUGUGGAUUACCUCUUGGGCCCUGUUAGUAAUCCCUGUACCUCCUCUUAAUAAAGAAUUCUCUGCCAAAUUUCCAUGUGUCGAACCUUUGAUGGAAGGGGAGCGCA